GGCGAGGAAAACGUUUCGCGAGGGGCUGCCAUAUAGAGAUAUAUAUCGUGUGUUGUAUAUUGCGCGAGGGAGCGAGGAGAGACGACGGUGUGUUGUGCGGACGGAUAUCGCGGGCCACGCCGCGCCGCCGCCAUGACAGCGCGCGCUACGACUAUCACAUAGGUACCACAUCAAUGUUUUUAAUUGAACAAAAAUGAACAGUGAGCAGCAUGCUCUGCCAGCGACAACGCAGGCUCAGCAAGAGGAAGUAAGCGCAGCUCAGAGCGGUCGCUCCUCAUAUCCAGGUGCCACUAAUACUCUAGCCGCAGCAGUUAGCCAACAACAGCAGCCAACCUCAUCAGCUAGUCUAACCAACUCCUCCGCGACGGAGCUGCGAGUAGGUACGACAAAUGCUGUGGCCAUAGCUAAUCACCUGACCAAGUACCUCGUCCUCACCAAUCUCUUUCCGGGACCGGUGUCGGUUUACCAUCAUCUACCACAUCAUAGAGGCGGUGCUGCCGAGCAGCAGGGUGGUAAUAAUAAUAAGGAAUCUGGAAAUCUGAUCAGCCAGGACAUGUCGCUGGCUUCGGGGACCCAUCAUCAGGCGUCCACGGCACUGCAUCAUCAUCAGGCUAAUGUUGGUAAAACUGGCCAUCAUACUUCUCUCCAGUCUGCUACCCAGAUUCCAGUCUCUCUACCAGGGCUCACUUUAGAUGGAAGUCACUUGCAGGCGAGCGUUAGUCACCUGCAAGCAGCAGCAGCUCAUGCUCAAAUACAGCAGAUGCAAACGCAACAGCAGCAAGCACAGUUGCACCAACAACAGCAACAGCAAGCUCAUCAUCAACUUCAGAACCAUCAAACCCAAGCUGGCCAAAAUCAAAGGGAUGACAAGAUUAAGGAGGACCCAUCCGAAAGACACGAGAAUCAGGUGCAUGCCCACGUUCAGAAUGAACACCAUCAGCAUCAGCAAGCGCAAGAUUUGCAACAGAAUCUGAUGCAUCAGCAGCAACAACAGCAGCAAAUCACAGUUACUCUAGGUAACUCGGUUGUGGAUGCUAGUUCUGUCAGAAUCGAAAAGAUUGAGAAAAAAGAAGAUAUUCGGCAGUUAAACAUGACUCAGUUUCAAGUGCCCGACCUUAAGUCAGGAAGCCACCUGAUGGAUGUCCGAACUGCAGAUGGAUCGAUUGUUAAGAUUAGUGCGGCGAGCGAUCAAGAUAUCGCAAAAACCUUAAGUGUUGAUAUAUCCCAGUAUAUCAACAAGGUAAAUUUUCCAACAUCGGGAGCUGUAAAUGUCGAGGAGCUGAAUCAGUUAAACCAAUUGUUGGCCUAUCAUGAAGUAUUUGGUAAACUGCAAGGCGAUGGAAAUACGACAUUAAUCGGUAGUACGAUACCGACGCAAACGGUCACGACGAUGCAAAACGGCACACCUGUCGCGCAGCAAGUGCAGCUCAACAAGUUCGAAAUCAAAACGAGCGACGGUGAGGCUACGCCUGGACCAAGCGCCUCACCUGUCUCGGCAGGCAGCCACGCCUGCGAGGUGUGUGGAAAGAUUUUUCAAUACCGGUACAUGCUAAUCGUGCAUAGGAGAUAUCACACCGAAAGAAAGCCUUUUACGUGUCAGGUUUGCGGCAAAGCGUUUAACACUGCGCCUGAUCUAACGCGACAUGGUAAAUGUCACUUGGGUAAUUCCAUGUUUACAUGUGCAGUCUGCUUCCAUGUGUUUGCUAAUGCUCCGUCUCUUGAACGGCACAUGAAGCGUCACGCUACGGAAAAGCCGUACAACUGUACUAUUUGUGGCAAAAGCUUUGCAAGGAAAGAACAUUUAGAUAAUCAUACUAGGUGUCAUACAGGAGAAACUCCGUACAGAUGCCAAUACUGCGCAAAAACGUUCACGCGCAAAGAACACAUGGUGAACCACGUGCGUAAGCACACGGGCGAAACGCCGCAUCGCUGCGACAUCUGCAAGAAGUCGUUCACGCGAAAGGAACACUACCUAAACCACGUGAUGUGGCACACUGGUGAGACGCCCCACCAUUGUCAAGUAUGCGGCAAAAAGUAUACGCGCAAGGAACACCUGGCCAACCACAUGCGUUCGCAUACUAACGACACGCCCUUCCGCUGCGAAAUUUGUGGCAAAUCGUUCACGCGCAAGGAGCAUUUUACGAAUCACAUAAUGUGGCACACGGGCGAGACACCGCACCGCUGCGACUUCUGUUCAAAGACAUUCACGCGCAAGGAGCACCUGCUUAAUCACGUCAGACAGCACACGGGUGAGUCACCACACCGAUGCGGCUUCUGCUCCAAAUCGUUCACCAGAAAGGAACACCUUGUUAACCACAUCCGCCAACACACAGGAGAGACGCCCUUCCGCUGUCAGUACUGUCCGAAAGCGUUUACGCGCAAGGAUCACCUGGUAAACCACGUCAGGCAGCACACGGGUGAGUCACCGCACAAGUGCCAGUAUUGCACGAAAUCGUUCACGCGGAAGGAACAUUUGACAAAUCACGUGCGUCAACACACAGGCGAGUCGCCGCAUCGCUGUCACUUCUGCUCCAAGUCUUUCACCCGCAAGGAGCACCUGACGAAUCACGUGCGCAUCCAUACGGGCGAGUCGCCGCAUCGCUGCGAGUUCUGCCAGCGCACCUUUACCCGCAAGGAGCACCUCAACAAUCAUCUCAGGCAACACACCGGUGACUCGUCCCACUGCUGCAACGUUUGCUCCAAGCCCUUCACGCGCAAGGAACAUUUGAUAAACCACAUGCGCUGCCACACGGGUGAGCGGCCGUUUGUUUGUACCGAGUGCGGCAAAAGUUUUCCGCUAAAGGGCAACCUGCUCUUCCACAUGCGCUCGCACAACAAGGGCAGCCAAGCCGAACGGCCGUUCCGCUGCGACAUUUGCAACAAGGAUUUCAUGUGCAAAGGCCACCUUGUCUCGCACCGUCGUUCGCACUCCGACGAGCGGCCACACACCUGUCCCGAUUGCGGCAAAAGCUUCGUCGAGAAGGGCAACAUGCUACGCCACUUGCGUAAACACGCUGCCGAAGGUCCACCCUCUCAGAUCAGCAGCGCGGCCUCGGUGCUUGCUGCCGCGGCCCAGCAGCAGUCUACGGUCAGCGGAGCCGCGACGGCCACUGUACUGCCGAUACCGCCCAGUGCGGCUGCUGCCGCGGCUGCUGUUUUGGUUGGACACCCUCUGGCGCCACCGCCUGUCCCUGCUGUCGCUUUGCCCCAACACACCGUCGUCGUGCCCACGCCACCAGGCGUACUCGCAUCUUACUGAGCCUCGGCUGGCUACGGACUGCAGCACCGGGGGCUCUUCUACUAGUGGAUAAAGUGCUACUCUGCUUACGGUUCUUUUUUAUUUUUAUGACAAUUUAUCGUACUAUUAUCAUUUUUAUUAUUUUUAUGAUUAUCAUCGUUAAGUUCGGUGGAACGCCGUUAAUUUUAUUGUUGUCGAAGUGCGACUUUGCGACUUGAUAGGUUAUCGGUUAAACUUUGGUUUUAGUUUAUCUGUGAUGUUUUUGUAGCAUAGAAAAGAUACCAGCUUAUACCUUUGUGACUUCAACCCGGUGAAUACGUUAUAUAUGCUUUGAUCUAAUGCUUUAUGUUUUUGGAAAUGAAAUACUUUAUUGCAAUGGUUUUUCUCAUUAAAAGUUAUAUCUUAGAAAUUCAUUAAUAUAUUACUUGUAACUAUAAAAUUUAUUUAACCCUUU